UAAGCUCGAGCUGUCGCGUCCCCCACCCUGCGCUCGCUUCCCUAGUCUUGCUACCGCGAGGUGUGUGAGCUGCACCGACUUCGCCGCCAGGCUCCUAGCUCUCGUCCCGAAGUCCGCCGCGGCAAACAUGGCCUCAGGAGUGCAGGUGGCAGAUGAAGUUUGUCGCAUUUUCUACGACAUGAAAGUUCGGAAAUGCUCCACACCAGAAGAAAUCAAGAAAAGAAAGAAGGCUGUCAUUUUUUGUCUCAGUGCAGACAAAAAGUGCAUAGUUGUUGAAGAAGGCAAAGAGAUCUUGGUUGGAGAUGUUGGUGAUACCAUAACGGAUCCUUUCAAGCAUUUUGUGGGAAUGCUUCCUGAAAAAGAUUGUCGCUACGCUUUGUAUGACGCAAGCUUUGAAACCAAGGAGUCCAGAAAAGAAGAGCUGAUGUUCUUCUUGUGGGCACCAGAACAGGCAUCUCUGAAAAGCAAAAUGAUCUACGCGAGCUCAAAGGAUGCCAUCAAGAAGAAGUUUCCAGGCAUAAAGCAUGAAUACCAAGCCAAUGGCCCAGAAGACCUCAACCGGACUAGUAUUGCCGAAAAGCUAGGCGGCUCCUUAAUUGUAGCUUUUGAAGGAUCCCCUGUGUAGACCAUCAGUCAGUGCCACGAAUUGAAAGCUUCCAUGUUUCACAGUAGUUUCUUUCACUAUAUAAGUAAAGCAAAUAUAUUAGGCCAGGAUCUCACUGAGGGGAAUUUGUCUUGUCAUCUUUUAGAGUAAACUAAAAAUCUAUAGAUGUCUGCAAACAGCACCCUACAUGUAGCCUCUAAAGUUUCAUUGGUGUGGAAUUAAAUUUUUAUUGGCCAAAUGCCUAUUUUCAUGAGGUGACUUGUAAAGAUUUUAAGCUCAGGAUUUUUAAU